GUUGGCUUUGCCCUUUCCGUGCUCAGUCCACGAUGGAGACGCUGUCCCAGGAUUCCCUGCUGGAAUGUCAGAUCUGUUUCAAUUAUUAUAGCCCCCGGCGAAGGCCCAAGUUGCUGGAUUGCAAGCACACCUGCUGCUCGGUGUGCCUGCAGCAGAUGAGGACGAGCCAGAAGGACGUGAGGUGCCCCUGGUGCCGCGGCAUCACCAAGCUGCCCCCGGGCUUCUCCGUGUCGCAGCUCCCCGACGACCCCGAGGUCCUGGCUGUCAUCGCCAUUCCGCACACUUCUGAGCACACCCCCGUCUUCAUCAAACUCCCCAGCAACGGGUGCUACAUGCUGCCCCUGCCCAUCUCCAAGGAGCGUGCGCUGCUGCCCGGCGACAUGGGCUGCCGCCUGCUGCCCGGGAGCCAGCAGAAGUCUGUCACCGUGGUGACCAUCCCUGCAGAACAGCAGCCUCUGCAAGGCGGGGCUCCGCAGGAGGCGGCGGAGGAGGAGCCCGACAGGCGGGGCGUGGUGAAGAGCUCCACCUGGUCGGGGGUGUGCACUGUCAUCUUGGUGGCCUGCGUCCUGGUCUUCUUGCUUGGCAUCGUGCUCCACAACAUGUCCUGCAUUUCUAAGCGCUUCACUGUGAUAUCCUGUGGCUGA